AAGGGGCCAAAAAUUAUGAGCGUAAAGUUAGCAUGAACUAGUUGGGCAAAGGACAGUAACACUGAGGAAAAGGGUUCUGGGCCGUAUGAUCUCUACUAAAGUGACACGACUGAGAUCAUCAUCAUAAACUGCACUGACCACUCAGGUCAGCUCAUCGACCUGGGAGUGAAGAUGUAACUCCACUGACCAGAUCUUACAUCUCAGUUCUGAGAAGAUCAACAGAGACGUGUGACAUUUGAAGGUUCUGUGCAGAUUCAGGCAGAGCCGAGGCAGCGGGAGCAGGAACAGUCGUAGUCCUGAUGGUGGAUGGAGGUUCAGACCUAUUUUUGGAGGAGCUAUCAACCCAGUGGCACAGGUCUGAGUGACAGGACAAGUGUUAGGUCGGAUCCUCCCCUCGCUCGUUUGGGGGCAGACAUUCCUCCGUGUAAGCAGACACAGACCCUGUGCCAUCAUAUUUCUCUCCUUGGCCAGGAUGGCUGGGAGUGUGUGUGUGUGUGUGUGUGAGUGCGUGUGCUGAUGAAUGUGUGUUUGAGAGAGAGAGAGUGGGUGUGUUCAGGUGUGAGCGUCGGCCUUGGAGCUGAACUCAGAGAAAGAGAGAGAGAGGAGUCAGCACCCGGACAGUGUGGCAGGCAAAGAGCAGGUCAGAGCUCUGUGAGGGGGGCCCUGAACUGCUAACCAUGGGGCCAAGGCACUGAAAGGGCCCCCAACAAUUCAAAUAAUAAUUACAAAGAAAAUCGAGAAGUGACGUGAACUGAAGGCAAGAAGAACAAGGAGAAGACAAACUAAAACCAAAGCCAAAAAAGGAAAAAAAAAAAGAAGAAGAAAAAUGGUUGCGGAGGAAGUGAUCAUUGCCUUAUCGGGUGGAGCGCCGUGGGGGUUUCGUCUGCAGGGAGGUGUGGAGCAUCAGAAACCGCUCCAGGUGGCAAAGGUGCGUAAACGCAGCAAAGCAUGCAGGGCCGGACUGCAGGAGGGAGAUGAGCUCAUGUUCAUCAAUGAAGAGCCAUGUGGAACACUUUCCCACGCCCAGGCCAUGAACCUUAUCGAUGGCUCUACUGGAAUCUUGCACAUCCGAGUCAAAAGGGCACCUCCAGGUUUUCAGUCAGUGGUCCUUGUGACCCGUGCUCCCUCUCCCCGUAUAGACAAAGAGUACCGUGCUGCUAUGCUUGCCGUAUCUCCCAACCAGCCUCAUCAUGCACCUGUCCGUGAAGUCCACCGUAGUCGCUCCUCCCUGACCAGUGGCCUGACAUCUCCACCUGGUAGUGAGGCCUAUUACGGUGAAACAGACAGUGAUGCAGAUGUGGCAGGUUACGAGAGGCAGCGCAGGCAGAAACGCCGCAGUCCCAGCAACUCCACCCCCGGAAAACCAACGGGACGAACCUCCCCUGAAGGUGGGGAGACCUCAGAGAUGAGUGGCUAUGACAGUGCACCAGAUGCACAGAUCUACUCAACUUUGUUGGAUACCCGGGUAGAUGGAAAUGGAGGAGGUCUUCCAGGAGUGGCAAGACGGGAGGUGAUUUAUCAGCCUCCUGCUCCAGGAAUGUGGUCCUCCCAGACAUCCACAGAGACGUCCUCUAUCAUCUCCUCAGCAGAUGACCAGGGGCCAAGAGAUGGAGGGCAAGAAGAGGACAGCAGUUUUCUGGAGCUGGCCAACGUGCCUUUGGUGUCCCCUGAGAGGGCAAAGGAGGCUCUGAUGCUGGGCUCCCGAAGUCAGCUAAUACCCAUGGUGGGUCCUGUGGGUAAACCCAUUGACGAUGAGCUUACAACAACAUAUAUGGAAAAGGCCAAGCAAGCAAAACUAAAUCGAGGAGACACACAGCAGGAUAAACAAGUCAAGGAAGCCCGAAGCAAAUGUCGAAAAAUUGCAUCUCUGUUGACAGAUGCUCCAAACCCUCACUCCAAAGGUGUGCUGAUGUUCAAGAAGAGACGGCAGCGAUCUAAAAAGUACACCCUUACCAGCUUCGGUAGUGUGGAUGAGGGCUCACAGUGUCAGGACUCGCAGGAAGAGGAUGGUGUAUUCCCUGGUAGUGAAUCGGAGAUUGAUGAAGAUAACUUUUCAGCAGCUCCUGACCCAACUUGGGACAGUGACUACUUGGAUAUGUUGGAGAAGAGGGCAACUGCAGGCACCGAAGGCCGUGGGGAUGGAGCAGAAGAUGCUCCAAGUCCAGGAUUAAGUGACACAGCAGGCAAAGGGGCACAAUUGUUUGAGCAGCAAAGGAAGCGAGCUGCUGAGCUCACAAAGAAAUUGGAGGCUGCACAGCCUCACAUUCCUCAACAUGUUCAAGAGCAGGCUCAGAUGAUUCACCCAGAGGUACCGCAGCAGAAUCAACCACUAGUCCCACAUCAGCAGAUGAUAUCAGCUGGUCCUGCAUCCACACAACAAGAACUCUCUCAGCCUCCUGGUCAAGUUAAUGUUGAUACCUUUGGGGUUUCUAAUGGGGGCCUACCAUACUCUUCAGUUAGUCAUGCUAGUAUUGUUAUGUCAUCUUCACCUGUGGCUUCGAAAUCUGCUACUGCCUCAGUGACCAUUUUGACUAGUCCUUCGCCACCAUGUGAAACACCAUUACCAGACUUGCCUGCUAGUAAUGUUCUUAAUAGGACAGCUCGUCCUUUCACACCUGGCUUCAUUAGCAUCCGAGCUGCAACUGCUCCUGUGCAAUUUAGACCACCUGUCACAAAGACCACCCAACGUACAGCAUCAGCCUUUGCUAUGCAACCUCCGUUCUCUACUGCCACUGAACUGGCCUUUAAUGCUACCAAUGUAAUUUCACAACUACCACAACGUCCUUUGUCAAUGAGCUUUUCACCAUCCUGUGUUCCUCAGGGUCUCCCACCUCAGGCACCAGUAGCUGGAGUUACCUAUCAUCCUGCAGCCAUCUCUACACCUGCAGAAACAAUGCAUUCAACCACUGUUCAUCAGGCUCGGUUUGCAACUGCGCCUGCAGUGAUAGUACCGUCCGUACCCCAACCUCCACAACCAUUAAUGGCUCCAGUGCCCAUUCCUCCUGUAACCCUGACACCAAGUGCACCUGAACAUGUUGCUGCAAUGCCCCCACCACCUGUUGCUCAGCCACUUCCACCUAAGUUUUCCACACCUACAAUUCAAAUGGCAGCAGUCACCCAACCAGAAGUUGUAUCUCCAACCCCUGUUUCUGGUCCAUUUGGUCGCACAGGAAUUUUAAUUGAUGCUCGACGGCGUAGUGGAAAAGUGAAACCUAUGUUCAAUGUGCCAGAAGUAAAAAAGAACUCACCAAAUCCAGAACUUUUGUGCAUGGUGCAGAACCUGGAUGACAGAUCAUCCCGAUACAAAUAUGGCCAACCACCAACUGAAGUUGACUAUGGAGCCACUGAGGAAGAAAAGAGUGGUGAACCGGCCAUGGGCCGGGUGCCUCCUCCAGUGGCACCCAAACCUAGGGUUGUCCAUGAGGCUCCACAGAUUCUUCAUGCAGGGGGCAAAGGGGCAGACAUGUUUGCCCGCAGACAGUGUCGCAUGGGUAAGUAUGUAGUAGAUACCCCACAAGAGGCCCAUUACCAGCAGGAGAUGGCAACACAAUACAAUACAAAUACAUCCCAAAUGGACCCUUCUCAGUUUAAAUACUCCCCAAAUGUUCGUGCACCACCUCCCAUUGGGUACAACCCACUCCUUGGUCCCUGUAUCCCCAGAGGACCUCAGAAGGAUCUAAGUAAACCAGAGGGCAUUAGCAGAGGAGGUUCCCAAAGAGAGGGAAUCAAAGCUCUGGAUUUCAUGAAAAGGCAGCCCUAUCAGCUCAACCCUGCCAUGUUCAGCUAUAGUGGCAGUGUUGCAAACUUGUCAGCCAUGCCCUCCUACCAAGCCCAGAGGCAGCAGCAGGCCUACCCAACAACAAUGGUCGGCACUUCAUUAGCCUCACCAAAGCAGAUCCCUUUAAAAACAGCCCGUGUCUAUGAAAUUAAAAGAUUUUCUACACCCACACCUAUGUCAGCACCAACUCUGGCUACCAAAGUCAUAGCCCCUCGCUCAGCUACCACACUUGGAGAACGUUUGAAUCACUCUGACAUGACCUCCCCACCUACUAUUCGUCCCAUUCAAAACCCAGUUCCUUUCCUGACACCAGCUCCAGUCGCUGCCCCCACCCUGGCUUCACCUCCAUCCUAUCAAGCUGGCCUUCCCAACCUCCCAAAAUUCUCUUCCCCUGGUAUUCCAAAUCCUGUUCCACCUUCAGUACCAACACCCUACACUCCAGUUGCCUACACCAGUGGUCUCCAGGCAGCCAAGCAGUUUCAGAGUGCUCCUGAGCUCAGUAUUAUGGCUUCUUUACCAGCACUAAAGGCCAAUGCAAUCCAGGCACCUAAACCACAUUUUAUUGCUAGUAGGGCAGGCAUUCAGCCCCGUGUCUGGAGGCCAGGGGCAAUGUGAGAGGAAAAAAACCCAUCACUACUAUCCUUGGACUUUGUCUAGAGAAGUGAGAAGUCACUCAACAAGCCAAGUAGAAAAAUCAAUGAUAUCAUAAUCCCAAGACACAAUAUUUAAAAAAAUUAAUUGGAAAAAAAUGUAAAUUAAUACUGCAGGAUUUCUGUGAGACAAUCAUGACGACGUCACAGAAAACAUGUGUAAUUGAAACUACGCAAUCACUUUUAAAGCUAAGGGAAUAUAAAAUUAAAACCCAGAAAGUUUAAAAUAUUUUUCAUGUGAUAUAUUUUUUAGCAGAAAAACUUUAAUUAAAUAGAAUCUUGAAGGAUCUGCAGGAUGUUUAAAGUGUAUAGAUGCCUUCUCAAUUAGAGGAUAAAUCACUAAAGUAUGCUGCUGUAUGAGAAUGAGUGAAGUCAUGAUUUUUUUUUUUUUUUGACAACUAUUGUUUGAUCAUAUAUGCACAACAUGUUUGUUUCACCAACUGGACUGAUGGAAACAUGAUGACAUCAUCUUUGACAAGUGCAUAUGGUUGAUUAUGUAUUGAAUAUGUACUUGAAUGUAUUUCUCUUUGCGAGGUGUCCAUCAGGUUGUGCCAAAUAACUCUGCUCACUAUAGCCUGAAGGGAAAUGCUAUCUUUUUUAGCUUGGGUCACAUUCACCGAGUGCCCGUGCUGUCACUGAACGUACACUUGUCACUGGAUAUCACAGCGUCCAGAGGCCAUUUAGGCAGAGCAGAGCUUCUUUAAUGUCAGCGUGAUCUUUGCAGAAACACAUGUAUAUUCUUUAACUUUUAUUAAACAAAUGACACAG